GGCUUGACGUUCUCAUCCCCAAUUACGGACACAGACCACAUCCGAGCCGAAAACGGUCAUUAGGGCUUAGAUCUUGCUUUUAAGAGUGCAAUGAUCGGCAACGCGCGCGCGCGUGCUUUAGGAGUGCGAUGGAUUUGUGUUUCUUCGAAUCUAAGCUGAAGUAAAACGACGGCUCGCCCAAACACGCCUCCGUCGUCGACAGCGAUCGUCCGUUCCAUUUUGAUUCCGUGACCGAUCCGCAAUUUUGGCAGCAUGGCGUGGCCGUGCAUCAGCAGGGCGUGCUGCAUGGCCCGCUUCUGGAACCAGGCGGACAAGGCCGACAUCGCGGUGCCUCUGGUGUUCGCCAAGCGCGCGGACGCCGCGGAGAUGCAGCGCGUCCGGCCGCAGCCUCCGUCGCGGGCCGGGGUCGCCAUAGAAACGCAGCCGCCGCCUCGCAGCGCGUCGGAGGAGCGCGUGUGCAGCUCGGUCACGAGGGAGGACUUUAAACACUGGAGAGUGCGCCCCCAGCCCAGCUGCAAACCCAAGAACGAGUACCGCGGCCCAGAAAUACCGUUCGACAGCGAGACCCAGUACCAGAAAGACUACAAGCCUUGGCCCAUCCCCAAAAGGCGCGACCACCCGUGGAUACCCAAGCCGUCCGCGGACACGUCGCAUCGCCACAGCGGCGUGGAGAAAAGCGCCAUUGCCGACCAAGUGCAAGAGAAACACCUCACGCGGAGCCACCGGGGGAAGAAGAGGUCGAGGGCGGCGGAAGGCGAAGGGCGCGCGGCCGCCGAUGCUGUCAACAGGCAAAUUCAGCAGGAGACUUCCGCCGGCACCUCGUACAAAACCGAAUUUAAGGCUUAUAGAGAUGUGAAGCCUGCCCAGAUGAUCCGGGCCAAGUCCCAGUACCUACCUCCGGACGAGAAGACCCGGUUGGAAACCAGCUAUAGUGCAACAUUCAAGGGACAAGCCCCGCUGCAGCCCACUGACAAUAAAGCCCAGGAGAGGAGGAGGAUACGCAGUUUGUACAGCGAGCCUUACAUCGACCCCAUUAAACAGGUGGACAGGUCUACUGUCCCUCGCACUAAAGCCAAAAAGCCCGGGGCCGUAGCAGCCGGCCAGGGCAAGGUAGUGAAGAAAGCCAAAGAGCAGAGCACCGCACUGAGGGGUUCCAGAAAGAUGACCUCGGAGAACCAGCCCGUGAGCCGGCCAGCAUUGGGGGACAAGGAGAAAAGUAAAGAGAUGAACAACAAACUGGCUGAAGCAAAAGAGUGUUCAACACUCCGGGGUCGCCGUUGAUCUUCGUGAUGGGAGACAGGUCUGGACUGCCGACAGGCAAGUCUAGCAGUCACACUCGUUUACCACGAAGCCACGCCAUUUUAACACAUACGCAAUGUUGGCUUGGCAUUGUCUUUCUGAAAUAAGCAAGGAUGAUGUUGCUUGGAUGGCAGCGUAUUUUGCUCCAAAACCUGUAUGUACCUUUUAGGAUGAAUGGUGCCUCCACAGAUGCAAGUGCAAGUGCAACUUACCCACGCCACGGGCACUAAAUACGCCCACACCAUCACAGAUGCUGGCUUUGAACUUUGCGCUAAUAACAAUGGCGAUGGUCCUUUUUGUCUUUAGCCUGCAGGACAUGACGUCCAUGAUGUAAAAAAAAAAACAAACAAAAAACAAGGUGAAAUGUGGACUUGUCAGACCACAGCACACUUUUCCACUUUG